UGAUCACAGCAGAGGAGCCAGAUCUGACGUUUAAACUGUCGCACAGACCCUUCUGCUGUCAGUGCACCACUGGACCUUUCUGUGCAAGGAGGACUGCUGAUCACUGAAGACUUGGAUCCAAAAUGAAGCGAAGCCACAACUACAGCUCCUCGGACAGCGACCUGGACGACAAUGUUGAGGUGGAGAAGGAUAGUGGCGACGAAAAUGGUCAACUUGAUUCUCAUGGCUCGAUGUCACCCUCCACAACCACACAAGUUCAAGCCAGAAAAAGGCGCAGAGGGAUAAUCGAGAAACGGAGACGUGACCGAAUCAAUAAUAGCCUGUCAGAGUUGAGAAGACUGGUGCCAAGUGCUUUUGAGAAACAGGGAUCAGCUAAAUUGGAAAAAGCAGAAAUCUUGCAAAUGACUGUGGACCAUUUGAAGAUGCUGCAUGCGUCUGGUGGCAAAGGUUACUUUGAAGCUCAUGCUCUUGCUAAGGAUUACCGCAGCCUGGGCUUCAGGGAGUGCCUGGCAGAGACAGCCCGCUACCUGAGCAUCGUAGAGGGUCGGGAGAGUGCAGACCCCCUCCGUAUACGUUUGGUGUCCCACCUCAGCAACUACGCCUCUCAGAGGGAGGUGCACGCUGGACUGGAACACUUGGCCUGGGGCUCUGCCUACGGGACAGCCCCUGCCCAUCUCCCCCACGCCCUCCUCCUUCCACACCCCCAGGGCAGGACACCUGCAUCCAGAAGCAACAGCAGCCCACCCUCCUCCUCCUCCUCUUCAUCUUCCUCCUCUACAUCUUCCUCCUCCUCCACUGAGGCAUCUGGGACGUCCAGACUUAGUGUCAUGUCCCCCACAGAGUCCCUCAGGGUGCCCCCCAAUGGCUCGCUGUCCCUCAGUCUGCCCGUGCCAACAUCCAAGCUAUCACCACCACUCCUUUCAUCCCUCUCCUCGUUGUCGGCCUUCCCCCUCUCCUUUGGUGCUUUUCCCCUAGUCUCCCAGUCAGCCCUCAGCACAGUGAGCCCCUCCUCCACCCUCUCAAAGCCUUACAGGCCUUGGGGCACAGAGAUUGGGGCCUUCUGAAGCUAACAGCUGGACUGAAGGCAACAGCUGAGCUGUGCCCACCACAGACUAGGCCGGACAACCUGCCUCUUCUGUUUUUAUGACAAUAAGACACAGGGGAACAAAGCAAACUGAUUUUAUUUUAUUUAGUAUAAAGUGAGAGAGGUUUUUGAAUGGUGUCGUUUCCUCUCAAUAUGCCAUUACUCUUCUUAAGAAAGGAUUUUAUGUUAUUCAUUGAAAUUGAAAACUAAUUUAGUUAACAUGCACUGUCUCCAGGUUGAGGACUGACAUAUGACAUACGGGCCAUGAAUAGAUUUACUUUAAGCACAAAUGUAGAGGUAAUAUUUUGUAGACCACAUACUGAAACCUCUACAUUUGUUGAGCAUGGAUGUCUGUAUUUAACAUAAUUUAGAGUUACUUAAUUUGGUCUGCUUCUUUAGUGACAUCAGAACUCAUGGAAGAUCGAUAUGCAUAUUAUAUGUGCCAUUGUUGGAAAACUAACCACUUGGGAAUCGGAAACUUGCAUUCUUGUAUCUAUUUGUAAUAUUUUUGUACCAAUAAAUUGAGUUAAAAGUAUAAAACAUGGAUUUAAACCAAA